AUGAAACCUUCCGAAUCGAGGUCUUUGAUUCACAACGACGACGACGACGACGAGAUGGUGGUGGUGGUGAACGAAGAAGGCUCAUUCACUUCAGAAAAAUUUAAAAGAUGGCAAAAACCUUUACUGGAUGGAGCCAAUGAUGAAUCACAAAAUUAUUCAACUGCUGAUGAAAUACAUUCUUUUCCGAUUAUUUCAUCAGUUUCAAAUCAUCAUUCCAUAGAGGAUUUAAUAUCUAAAAAUCAAUCAGUGAAAGUGUUGGAACAGGGAAAUUAUAAAAUUUAUUUAAUAGGAACAGCUCAUGUUUCUGAAGAGUCCGCAAAACAAGUGACAGAAGUGAUUCAAGAAAAGAGGCCAAGUAUUGUAAUUUUAGAAUUGUGUUCGAACAGAAGAGCGUUAUUGGCUGAAUCGUCAAAUCAAAAGAAACAAGUCUCGAAGAGAGGUUUAUUGACCUCUUUGAUUUUAAUAUUUUCAGAAUACAUGAAGAGUUCAAACCAUUCAAAUUUAUUACAUGCAAUUUUAGGAUACUUUAUGCAAUCUGUUUCGAAUCAGUUAAAUAUCAAACUUGGAAUAGAAAUGAUUGCUGCUUAUAAAUCAGCUGUACAAAUACACUCAAAACAAAUCACUGCUCAAGAUAUUGAAAGUUUAAAACAAUCUGAUCUCUUAACAGAAAUAUUGGAAGAAUUAUCUGAGAAUUAUCCACAAUUAUCCAAAGUAUUAGUAGAUGAACGAGAUGCUUAUUUGACUCACUCAAUUCUAAAAGCGAUUGAAUAUUUAGAAAAUGAAAGACAAUCCAAAGAACAAGAUUCUGGCGAAAACUCUCACAGCGAUCAUGCCUAUAUUUCAACAACAUCAAACAUUUCGACCAACAUGGACUCAACAAAGAAUUCAACCAAUCUUACAGAACUCUCCACAAAUGACACAACCAUGGAUAAUGUCACACAGAUAUCGUCCAGUGAUGCAGACGAUGAACUAUGGAAUCGUUUUGCCAACAAGGAUGAAUUUCCGAAUGAUUGCAGAGCAUCAUCGGAUGACGACGAGUUGGUGCAUCAUCAUCCACUUGAUCCUCAUGCGAUUGUGUGUGUGGUUGGUGCAGGCCACAUUGCUGGAAUUACAAAAUACUUUUCAAGUCCUGAAAAAAUCAAUCGACGAGAGAUUAUGAAACGACAAAAAGAUUCAAGGAAUUUUGUGUUACUGUUUUUCUUUAUUUCCAUUUUUAUUUUACUUUUAUCUUUGACUCUAUAUCUAGUAUGGCAUUGA